AUGAAAGGGGCAAUUGAUGAGGGAAAGGAUAUAAGUCCAAUGUUUCCUAGGUUGCAUGUGAAGGAUGCAGAGAAAGGAGGACCAAAAGCACCUCCAAGAAAUAAGAUGGCUCUAUAUGAACAAUUUAGCAUUCCUUCGCAAAGUUUUACAGCGGGAGGACCAGGUUCAGGAUCCUUGUUUUCUCUCCCUUUAAGAAACUGCACAGUUCCUUCAUCAUCAAGCCAACUUGGUUAUAAUCAAAGCAUCAACUUCUGCAGCUCCAAAUCCAAUGCAAUUUCUAUUCUAUCUGAGAAGACUCAAGCCUAUAAUUCAAGAAAGAUUAACUUAACACAGUUGACAGUGAGUCAUGACUUAGAACACAUGAAACCUGCAAAACAAAUUACCAAAGUUCAGCAAGAUAAUUACAUCGAUAGUAGUAAGAGUUCUCUUAAAACACUUGAUGGUGAAGAUGCUUUUAUAACUCCCAGUUCUGUUCAUCUGAAAAGUUCAUUCUACGGUGGCAUCGUCCAAAAUGAAAAAGAUGAAGACAAACUUGGUCGCUGCAAUUUGAACUUUUCGUUUAAAAGUCUAAAUUCAUUUAGAAAGGUGAUGAAUUCAUCUGGAGCCAUAGAGCUGAAAUCAUCACAAUAUGGGAAGAACCAAAUGGAAGAGGAUAAAGAUGCGAGUCAAAUUGAUCGAAAGGCAAAGGAAAAACCUCCUCACUCAUUAAAUGGUUUUGAUGACACAACAAAUGAAUCGUCAAACUCAUCGGCUAAAUACACGAAUUCUAAAUCAAUGAAAGAAGAAACUAAAAAUAUUUCAGUAGAUAGCUUGAAAGCUUUGCAAGGUAGCAAUGGUCAUAGACAUGAAGAUCAUGCAGCUUUUGUAGACAAAAACAACUUCAGAGAUCAUUGCAUGGAGAAGCCAGCAAUAAGUGAUGUCCAAAAAUGUUCUGGCGAGUUAGAAAUCGGUAGAAGGUCUUUACAUGGAAAGAGAGAGAGGAGUAGAGACGAGGAGACUAGUAGAAAUUAUGAUGCCUUGAAUAAAUCAAGCUCAGAGUGUAGGUUUGGUCUGGAUAUCAUCCCUGACGAUGUCGUAGGACUAAUAGGUGAAAAGCAAUUUUGGAAAACAAGAAAAACUAUCAUCAAUCAACAGAGAAUCUUCUUCAUGCAAGUGUUUGAGUUACAUAGACUUGUAAAGGUCCAAAGAUUAAUUGCAGGAUCACCUAAUCUCUUGUUUGAAGACAACCUUGUACUUAAUAAACCACCAAUGAAAACAUCCUCCCCCGAGAAACUACAAUCUGACCUUAUCACUGAACAACCAUUGACCGUUUAUAAACAUGACAGCAAGUCCGAGAAAGCCUCUACUUCCGAGGAUGUUAAAAACAGUGCAGUUGGGAACAUUCCCUUUCCUUGUGUGAGCAACAUAAGCAAAGACCAUAAUCGGCUUUCAUAUUACGGCAAUCAACAUUUGGGAAAUCUUACACUAGUCUCUGCAGAUAAAAAUUCAAAUUCCAUUUCCCUAUCCAAACAAUCUUCAAGCAUUGUCUACCCAUCACCACCAAACCAAUGGUUAGUUCCUGUCAUGUCUCCAUCUGAAGGUCUUGUAUAUAAGCCAAUCAUUGGACCAUGCCCUCCAAAUGCCGGCGGCAUCAUGACACCACUUUACGGAGCUUGUGGUGCAUUGAGUUUGAAUCCAGGAACCAAAGAUGUUUUAGAUCCAUCUCUUACAAGUUUUCAUCAAAAGAUUGGAAUCCUUUCUGGUUCAUCGUUACCACAACUGUUACCACCAUGCGUUCCUUCGUUCAUGCAUAGAUCGAUAUCAGCUUCAUCUGUUGAACAAAUGGGACAAUCUAGUGGUCCUAAAAAUCAUCACUCAUAUGCAGAACUCAAUUCAGCAAUAUUGUACCAGAGUCCUUCAAACAUGUCUACUCAGAUAAGCCAAGUAAUGUCAAGAAAUAUUUCGACUUAUCAAUCAUUGGAAGAUAAUAAAGAGUUACAAGUAAGUACAGCCAGUAGUCCAUCCAAGAGAAUGAAAGGAGAUGAACUUCCUUUAUUUCCGCUGGCACCGACAUUUUGGUCAUCGCCAGAUCGCGACUCGCAUGUUGAGCAUCAGUCAAAAGUAAUCAAAGCUCUUCCUCAUAAUAAAAAAUCAGCAAGUGAGUCAGCAGCCAAGAUAUUCAUGUCAAUACAAGAUGAAAGGAAACUUUUGUAA